UGUCUGAGAUGUCGAAACACUUAGUGGUGCCGACGCAAUGGCCGAGUCCGGGAAACUACCGCUCGUGAGACAGAGCUUCGUGACUGCGGGUAUCUGCGUCAACAUCCUGUCCCAUGGCUGUAUGGUGGGCUUCCCAGCUGUGCUGCUGCCGCAGCUGAGCCGUCCUGGUGCUGCUAUCACGUUGACUGCUGACGCCUCAUCAUGGUUGGCAUCCCUGAUGAUGGUCCCGCUGCUGGUGGGCAACUUCUUCGUGCCGAGCAUCAUGGACCGGCUGGGCAGGAAGGUGGCGCAUCACUCCGUCAUCAUCCCCGCCAUCGCUGGCUGGCUGGCACUUGCCAUGGCCGACAGUCUCACGACCCUGGUCAUCGGCAGAUUACUGCAAGGGCUAUCAUUCGGGCUGAUGCUACCACUUCGUUCAGCUGUCAUCGGAGAAUACACCAGCCCAAGGUUCAGAGGAGCAUUCCUCAUGACCGUCUCCUUAGCCCAGGCUUCAGGCAUCUUCCUCGUUCACCUCCUGGGAUCCUUCAUAGAUUGGCAAAUAACUGCUUUAAUCUGUGUCAUAUUCCCUUUCAUAAGUCUCGUGAUAACUCUUUACACUCCUGAGUCCCCAGUGUAUUUGGCUUCUAAAGGUAGAAUUGACGAGUGCAGAGAUGUUUUUAGAUGGUUGAGAGGUUUUGAUGAAGAAGAAGAAUUAGAAGAAAUGAUAGAAGCGCGGUCUAUAGAGUUGGAGAACGAAAAUGGUGGAUUUAGGGAGUUCUUGAUGACACUGAAGAAGAAGGAGUUUUAUAAACCGGUGAUGAUAAUGAUACACGCCAAUGGAAUGAUGCAGUUUGCUGGUGGGACCACUAUGGCUGCGUACUCCACUACGAUUAUCGCCUUGAUAUUGGGCCCAUCAGCCAACGCAAGUUUCUGGAUGAUAUUCCUCGACGGACAAAGGAUUGUCUUCAACUUCCUGGCUGUAUAUGUGAUCAAUAAGCACAAGAGACGAACCAUGAUGAUUUCUAUUGGGGGUCUCUGCGUGAUAUCCCAUUUGGCAAUAGCAGUUUAUGUUUAUUCUAGAAACAGUGGUAUUAUCCUGUACGAUGCUAUAUGGAUUCCAGUGGCAUUAUUGAACUUGCAAUUCUUUACAGUCGCUACUGGGAUGGUCCCGCUUCCAAAUGUGAUAGCUGGGGAGAUAUUCCCCUUCCAAUAUCGAGGAGUCGGAGGCAGCGUGAGUGUUAUAGCUGUAUCAGGCUUUUCCUUCUUGGUUUUAAAGACCUUCCCGACUUUAUCGAUCAGCAUAGGCAUCGAGGGUUUAUAUUUGGGUUACGCGUUGAUAAUGAUGUACUUCUUAAUGGUCGUAUGGUUUAUGUUGCCAGAAACUAAGGGGAAGACGUUGCAGCAGAUAGAAGACGAGUUCAGAGGCACGCCAAGGAAGGUGGAAGAGCCUCUGAUGGUCUUAAAGAAUGUGUCGAGUAAAACAAAUGUGAAUAGGAAGAUGUCUGUGAUAUCGAAUUACAGUUUGGUUGUGGAAUUAUAACUUAUAAUUCUUUUUCUAUUGUGUGGGUUGGGUUGUAAGGCGGAUUAACCUCAACAACCCUGUUGUCAGUGUUUCUAUUGACCCGCCAAAAUCCCGUGACAUGGCUUAUGUAACGACUAACUUAGUAAUCUAUGACAUUAUUAUUAUAAGGUAGAUUAUGUAAGUAGUAUGCCAAAGUUUUAAUAUUUAUUGUAAGUAACUAAAUUAAUCUGUGAUUACGACUAAAUAGUUUGGGUAUUUAGGUUGAAAGGACCACAUUGAAAGGACCGCGGUCCGUUCAGCCGUAAACGAAAACUGACUAAGUUCGAAAGGACCGGUGAAUUUUUGUACACAAAUUAAAUAACAGGAGGUCGUGUGCCCAACGCUUGAACCACUAGA